AUGUCCUCCGGCCUGCUGCUGGAAGCCCUCUGCAUUUGCCUGUUGGCGGGAGCGCCCCCUUCCCUCCCUCUUCAGGAAAUCCACAUGAGCAGGGAGACCCUGGGGAAGAUUGCAGCCGCCAGCAAAACUGCGUGGUGCUCGGCUGCGGUGGACGUCCUGUUCCUGAUGGAUGGCUCUCACAGCAUCGGGAAAGGGAGCUUUGAAAGGGCCAAGCACUUUGCCGUCACGGUCUGCGACGCUCUGGACAUCAACCCUGAGAGGGUCAGGGUGGGAGCGGUCCAGUUCAGUUCCGCCCCUUGGCUGGAAUUCCCCUUGGACUCCUUGGCAACCCAACAGGAAGUGAAGACGAAACUCAAGAGGAUGGUUUUCAAAGGAGGGCCCACCGAGACGGGCCUUGCGCUGAAGGACCUCCUGCACAGAGGCUUCCCCGGGGGCAGGAACGCCUCCGUGCCCCGGGUCCUCAUCGUCCUUACCGACGGCAGGUCCCAGGGACCCGUGGCGCUGCCGGCCAAGCAGCUGCAGGACAGCGGGGUCACGGUGUUCGCCGUGGGGGUGCGCUUUCCCAGGUGGGAGGAGCUGCAGGCGCUGGCCAGCGCGCCCAGGGAGCAGCACGUGCUGAUGGCCGAGCAGGUGGAGGACGCCGCCAACGGGCUGUUCAGCGCCCUCCGCAGCUCUGACGUCUGCGCCUUCGCCUCUCCAGACUGCAGGGUCCAGCCUCACCCCUGUGAGCGCAAGACGCUGGAGACGGUCCGGGAGCUUGUGGGCAGCAGCCUGUGCUGGAGAGGAUCGCGGGGGACCGAGGGUGUGCUGGCGGCACCCUGCCCCUUCUUCAGCUGGAAAAGAGUAUUCUUAACCCACCCCGCCACCUGCUACAGGACCACCUGCCCAGGCCCCUGUGACUCGCAGCCUUGCCAGAACGGAGGCACGUGUGUUCCAGAAGGACUGGACAGGUACCACUGCCUGUGUUCGCCGGCCUUCAGGGAGGAGGCUAACUGUGCCCCGAUGCUGAGCCUGCCGUGCAGAAUCGACGUCCUCUUCCUGCUGGCCAGCUCGGCGGGCACCACGCCGGAGGGCUUCCAGCGGGCCAAGGCCUUUGUGCGGCGGUUUGCCCAGGCGUCGCUGAACGAGGACGCCCGGGCCCGCGUGGGCGUGGCCCGGUACAGCGGGGAGCUGGAGGUGGCCGUGCCCGUGGGCGAGUACCUGGACGUGCCCGGCCUGGUGCGGAGCCUCGAUGCCAUCCCCUUUGGCGGCGGCGCCACGCUGACGGGCAGGGCCCUGCGGCAGGCGGCGGAGCGCGGCUUCGGGAGCACCAGGACCGGCCUGGACCGGCCCCGCCGGGUGGUGGUGCUGCUCACCGAGUCGCCCUCCGAGGACGAGGUGGCCGGGCCGGCGCGCCACGCGAGGGCCCGGGAGCUGCUGCUGCUGCUGGGCCUGGGCAGCGAGGCCGUGCGGGCAGAGCUGGAGGAGAUCACGGGCAGCCCUGAGCACGUCAUGGUCUACGCCGACCGGCAGGAUCUGUUCAACCAGAUCCCGGCGCUGCAGGAGAAGCUGUGCAGCCGGCCGCCGCCAGGCUGCCGGGCACAGUCGCUGGACCUGGUCUUCUUGCUGGAUGCCUCGGCCUCCGUGGGGCCCGAGAACUUCGCCCGGAUGCAGAGCUUCGUGAGGAGCUGCACCCUCCAGUUCCACGUGAACCCCGACGUGACGCAGAUCGGCCUGGUGGUGUACGGCGGCCGGGUCCGGACGGCCUUCGGGCUGGACAGCCACGCCACCCGCCCCGCCGUGCUGCGGGCCACCAGCCAGGCCCCCUACCUGGGCGGGGCGGGCUCGGCGGGCACAGCUUUGCUGCACGUCCACGACCGGGUGAUGACCGUCCAGGGGGGCGCCCGGCCCGGCGUCCCCAAAGCCGUGGUGGUGCUCACGGGGGGCCGAGGGGUGGAGGACGCCGCCGUGCCCGCCCAGAAGCUCAGGGACAACGGCGUCUCGGUGCUGGUGGUGGGCGUGGGGCCCGUCCUGAGCGAGGCGCUGCGCAGGCUCGCGGGCCCCCGUGACGCCCUGAUCCACGCGGCGGCCUACACCGACCUGCGGUUCCACCGGGACGCGCUCAUCCAGUGGCUCUGCGAGGAAGCCAGCCGGCCCGUGAACCUCUGCAAACCCAGCCCGUGCAUGCACGAGGGCACCUGCGUCCUGCGGAGCCGGAGCUACCUCUGCGCCUGCCGGGACGGCUGGGAGGGCCCGCACUGCGAGAGCCGGGCCUUGCGAGGAGAUGCCCUCAGGACAGGAGGGCGGCCGCCCAGCCCGUCCCAGCCACUCCGGAGGCCUGGGCACCCUGGACGCUGA